CUCCGAUUCAUCAGUAUAUCUUGUUCGCUCUGAACUAAAUUUUUAGUUUUCUCUGGUGACUUUAAAAUAUUAGUUAUAAUAAAUACUAUGAUUUCCAUAAGAUUUACACAAGGCGUUAUUCUUUACGCUCUUGGGUUGUUGUUAACUGAUUUUACAUUAAAUGUAGGAGUAGCCAGCAUGAAUACGGAACCAGAUUCCAAUUUAAGAUGUGGCCAAAGAAAUAAGCGAGGGGCGGGCAAUCAAUUUUCAGGCGCCCAAGAUGGACAAGCUCAAUUUGGAGAGUUCCCUUGGAUGUUAGCUAUUAUGAAAAACUUACCUGGCAAAGAUUUAUCCUAUAAAUGUGGAGGAUCCCUUAUUAAUCCUAAUGUUGCUCUGACAGCAGCCCAUUGCGUAACUGAUAACAAUACCGAUAUCCAAUACAGUGUAAGAGCUGGAUUAUGGGACAUGGAUCUUUUAGUUGAAAUCCUUCCCCAUGAAGACAGAGAGGUAAAGAAGAUAAUAGUUCAUCCAGAUUUCAUACCCCAAGCUUUAUACAACGACAUUGCCCUCUUAAUUUUAAAAACUCCAUUAACUUUAGCAGAACAUAUUCGUACAGUUUGUUUACCACCACAAGAUUUUCCCUUGGAUUCUAGCAUGGGAAGAGCCUUCGUUUCUGGUUGGGGUAAAACUAAAUUCAAUAAUGAGAUUCUUGAUUCCGCUACCAUUCUAAAAAAAACCGACGUACCAAUAGUUGAUAAAGAAAAAUGUGAAGAGAACUUGAAAAAGACUCGACUAGGACCUAACUACAGGAUGCACGAUAGUUUUAUAUGCGCAGGUGGCGAAGCUAACAAAGAUGCUUGCAAGGGAGAUGGCGGCAGUCCAUUAGUACUUCCAGUAGGAGAAGAUAAUGCAACCUAUUUUCAAGCUGGUAUUGUGGCAUGGGGGAUAGGCUGCUGGGAAGAGUCUCAUCCCGGAGUGUACGUUAAUGUGGGUAAAUUCAGAAACUGGAUAGAUGAGCAAAUGAAAAAUAAUAACUUUGAUGAAACUACGUAUCAAUAUCAACGAAAAGUUGAAUUGAGCAAUUAAAAAUUUAAAAUUAAAUUUAAACUAAAUAUCAGUAUUAAACUGUUCCCUACCAAGCUGGUCCCAUAGAAUCUGCAAUGUGCCGCUUAACCGGCCCAUCGUAGCAAUCGUUUUGUAUUUAGUUACCAAGUCUGAUACUAAUAAGUGGAAGAAUCAAGGGACAACCGAUGGUAGAACUGUCUCCCUUUCCAGUAUGUAUUGACUCCAUAGAAACAAAACAGAUUUCUUAGGAUUGGUCUAUAUGGAAAAUAUGCUUGGCAGGGAUAAAGAAUCGUAGGUAUCUUAGACAGAAAAAUGCCCUCAACAAUUAAACAAAAUUUUGAUUUGAUAAUUCUGAUCCUAAAUGUUUUUUGAAAUUUAUUAUCACUCGCCAUAAUAAAUUUAUGCUUUAAUAAUAAAGUUAUAUUAUAAAUGUAAUUUACAAAUCGAUUGGAAAAACAUUUCAUUUAUUAUACUUAACAACAA